AAAGUAUAGAAGGAAAUCUACUAUCAUCAUCUGCAAUAGCUAUAUUUAAAGAAACUAAAUUCUCUGAUCUCAGCAAAAUUGAUCUUGCUAAAGAUAUAUUAAAGAGAGAAUAUAUUAAGAAACAAGUUAAAAACAAAAGAGGCCUUGAUGAAGCAAUAAAUGUAAAUUAUAAUUUAAUAGCAGCAAAGCCUAGACAAAAAAACUUUACUGCAACAUAUACAGAACAAAAUCCUUAA